AUCAUUACCUACCAGGCUGAAUAGCAUCAAUGGCAAAUUCCCCAACAUUGGUAUAUCGCUCGUUACCUAGGUAGCUAUGGAAAUUCUACGUUCAGUUUUGCUAGAUCGUAAUGGGUGAAGCCCCCUCUAGAUCUAGAUAAAAACAAAACAUGCGAAAACCGCUCGCAAGGACUGGGAUUGGGCGGCUGCUAUCUGAACACGCUUGGAGCCAGGCGCUAUCCCGAAAGACGACCGCGAAGCGUAAGCUUCCUAUUUCUCCGAAUUCUAUCCUGGCGCUACGCCUAAGGCGUACGUCUGACGAAGAAAAGAAAAGGCAUCAAAUUGCCUAUCGGUUUGCGGCCUCUUUGCGAAGUGGCCGCCUCCCGAUUCUAACCCUACAGAGGUGGUUAGCAAGUCAAGAUCUGUCGUCAGAAGGACCUUUAGCUACAGACAUAGCUGAGAAGACUAAAGCCGACUGGACAGAUGCCUUCAACAAUCUAGCCGGGAGGGGGUGGUCAUGGGACGAUGUCGACCAUUGGAUAUGGAUACUCUCUGGAAAGGAUGAGGAUACUCGCGUGCAGCGUCUUAUCUCUACUGAUACCCCGAGGCCUAUCUUCCUUCUACUUCUUCUCCUCCGGAGUGAGACAUUUCAAAAUGCCGGGACAUUAUCCUCCUUGAUGCAGUAUAUCUCUAAGCAUCAUAUGACGCUGUAUAGGAAGCCCGCCGGUACUCAAGUCGAACCGAAGAAGAUCCUCACCGUAUCCCAGUUCCUUAUAGUGCUGCGUCGCCUCGUUCGCCACGUUCAGGUUGUUCACCCUCCGUCUAUUGUUACUGUUGCUCGCCUUGCGGCAAAUUACAUUGAAUCUAUUCCAAAUGAUCCGCACCAUACGCUUCACAACACUGAUUACCAUGAUCAGUGUACCGUCUAUAAUACAGCACUCUAUCAUUUGAAGAGGCAUGCAUCCAAUCAACCACUUGCCAAUAUGGAAUUUAAUUGGAGGGCGCAAAAAAACCUUCUAACCAUGUCGGAUGGGCUGAGAAAGCCAUUAAUCAUUAACAAGGCUAGCUAUCAGGCUAUUCGACAAGUGCUUGUUGGAUUAAAGAAAUCAGGCAAGGAGAGAGCAGUCGCAUUGCGGUAUGCUAAAUCGUGGCCGCCAUAUAGGCAGGACUUUGAUGGAAGGGAUACGAAGCGGAGCAUUGAAGACGACAGAUCCAGAAGUGUAAAAGCCGGGGUUCUCAUGCAAGAAGCUGGCUAUCCAGUAGAUGAAUAUGACAGGGCGCUAGACGUCUUGGGCGGUACCGACGAGGGCUCCCCUACAAUACAGACCCGCAGUCUCCCGCCGAAGCAGUGGACCGGUAAGGUGGAAGAGCAAAACAUCUACUCUCGCUGGGCCAUGAGCAUCAGAGCGACCCGCAAUUCCCAAGAGGCUUGGAAAGCUUUCAACAACUUUGCGGAAAAGUCUGGGCUAGCACCUACUCUUCCAGUCUAUAACGAAAUGUUCGUGAAGCUUCAGGCAGCACCAGUGGACCUUGAAUGGAGCGGAGAUCUGUUACCUGGUGAUUCGAGAGAGACAUUUCCCGUCCACGAUGCUAAUUACAGCCAGUAUGAAUUAGCUCGGUUAUCUCCUCCCACUGUGUCGGAACUAUACGCUGAGAUGAUGAGUCGUGGCAUUAGACCGGGAGGUCAUGGCCUCCACAAUCUGAUUAUAAACGCAAGAUCUGUUGAAGAAGGACUGCGUUAUCUUCAUGACAGUGGCGUACCUUCUGAUGUUACCGAGUCUCUCGCUGCUUAUAGAUUAUCAUUCACACAGUCCCUAAGGCGAAUACCACUUCUCUCUUUCAGCAGUUACAUUCGUCUGCUUUGUAAGUUACAGCCCAAUCGCCAAGGUCAUGAUAAAAUUUACGGCAACGAGCUCUAUCGAAUACGCUACGCCGUCAUUCUCACUUCGAUGAGACUUUCCCCAGAUACAACUGAAGGCAGAACCUUUCGGCCUCCUUGGUAUGCCAUCUUGCGAGCAUUAGCACGCGCUCAUAUAGCUGUCACGGAUGGACCUGCUGCAGAAAAUGAUCUUGAGGCUCUGAAGAUGUCUAUGGAAAUUGUACAGUCUGCACGCAGCAGGGUGGGAAUUGAUUCUGAGCUCUUCAUACUACUUUGCCGUGCCAUUCAGAAAGCGGCGCUCUCAAGACUCAGAUCCCUGCCAGAGGUAGAUCGUCUACAUGCCCCUCUGAUACCUAACUCACACCAAUUACUGGAAAUAACUAGCUCGAUUUUUUCCAAACUAACAACACCGAUUGUUGAUGGAAUGCCGGCGUCUUCUCCAAUGCUUAAUCUGCAAUAUCCAAUGGGCCCGCCUCACCUCCAUGCAUACAUGCGAGCUCUCGCAUUCUUACAAGCCCGAGAUCAAAUGACGGGGCUUAUUUUUUGGAUGUUAGAUAACUACAGCUAUGUCAAAGAGGAAGCCGAACGCUACAGCAAUCGUGGGCCAGCCAUGAUAGCUAAGACUUUUUGCGCCUUCCAGGCCUUUGCUAGCCCUGCCCUUGAAGAGGGUGUACAACAAGAGCUAGAGGAUCGCAUGGACCGUCUCGUCGCGGAUGGGGGGAACUGGAGAUGGCCAACGGCGGAAGAAGUUGAGAACUAUACUUCUGCAGAUGCGAGAGGUGGCUCUGAAGCGAUUCGGCGUAGGUUAAUGGCAGAUGCGCACACGAGCAAUGUGCAUGAUAGCCGGCUGGAGGCAAUAGCCGCCUAGCCGUGUGUAUAAUACAAUCUGCAUAGUCAGGAUUUAUAUAUAAUGAUGAAGAUACCCAUAGAUUUAAAAUUCACGUACAUUCUAUAACAA